AUGUCCUCACCAAAGACAGUCGCAUUCUUCGGCGCUAGCACAGGCGUAGGCCUCUCAGCGCUGAAGCAUUCACUGGCUGCAGGGCAUUACUGCAUCGCUCUGUGCCGAAUCCCAGCAAAACUUGAGGCGCACGUCUCACCAAAAACUCAGUCCAAUCUACGAAUUGUCCAAGGCAACGCCCACGAUAUCAAGGCUGUCGCUUCUUGUUUAAAAAAGGACGACGGCUCAAUCGUCGACGCAAUUGUCUCUACGAUUGGAGGAAAGCCCAUUAUCUACAAAAUGACGAUCGAUGAUCCCAACUGUUGUCGAAUCGGCAUGUCUGUCCUUCUUGAUGCCCUCGCACAAAUACGUGCAGAUGGUGCAGUAGGAAGACCUCACAUCACCGCCUUCAGCACCACUGGCAUGUCCGACUUUGGUCGCGAUUAUCCCCUUCUACUCUAUCCCAUUUAUGCGAUUGCUUUAAAGGUUCCCCACGAAGACAAGAAGAUCAUGGAGACCAGAUUGGCCGACAGUGGUGAAGACUUCACCAUCGUGCGGGGCAGUUUGUUGGUGGAUGGUGAGAGCGAAACGCCAGUGCGCGUGGGCGUUGAAGACCCCAAGAAUGGGUUAGAGUCUCUGGAGAUUGGAUACACUAUCUCAAGGGAGGACGCUGGAAAAUGGCUGGCACAUAACCUGCUGGCCAAGACGCGUGCUGAGUACGUGAACAAGGUUGUAUCCAUCACCUACUGA